AAGAAAAAAAUUAGAAAAACAAAAUCAAGAAUAUCAAUUUUUCUCUCCAAAUUUUCUAUUUUAUACUUGCUACAAUUCUCUCUCUGCAUUUUAUAACCAGUGAAAAUGGGUCUUCAGGAAACGGAUCCUCUUUCACAGCUAAGUUUACCACCCGGGUUUCGGUUUUACCCGACUGAUGAAGAGCUUUUAGUUCAAUACUUAUGCCGCAAAGUUGCUGGUCAUGAUUUCUCUUUACAAAUCAUUGGAGAUAUUGAUUUGUACAAAUUUGAUCCUUGGGAUCUUCCUAGCAAGGCGAUAUUUGGAGAAAAAGAAUGGUACUUUUUUAGUCCAAGAGAUAGGAAGUAUCCAAAUGGAUCAAGACCAAACAGAGUAGCUGGUUCUGGAUAUUGGAAAGCAACUGGAACUGAUAAAGUAAUUACUACUGAAGGAAGAAAAGUUGGAAUAAAAAAAGCUUUAGUGUUUUACAUUGGUAAAGCACCUAAAGGAACAAAGACCAAUUGGAUUAUGCACGAAUACAGACUCAGUGAACCUUCAAGAAAAAUUGGAAGUUCCAGGCUGGAUGAUUGGGUGCUUUGUCGAAUUUACAAGAAGAAUUCGAGUGGUCCAAAACCGAAUAUUUCUGAUUUACAGAACAAGGAAAUAAGUCAUGGUUCAUCAUCAUCAUCGUCAUCUCAAUUCGACGAUAUGCUCGAAUCUCUACCAGAAAUUGAAGACCAGUAUUUCAGCUUACCAAGAAUGAACUCUAUUAGGAAUUUUCAACAAGAUGAUAAACUCAAUCUUCAACAAUUGGGUUCUGGUAACUUUGAUUGGGCAACUCUAGUUGGAUUUAAUUCGGUCCCUGAAAUGGCAACUGGAAGCCAAGCUACUGUACCGGGAAAUCAAGAACCAGUGCAACAUGUGAACAGCAACCAGAAUAGUUACAAUGACUUUUUUGUCCACCAAACGCCGUUAAAUUUUCACGGAGAUGUGAAGUUUGAAGGAGGGGUUGCUGAAGAAGUCGACAGCAGGAUUAGGGUUCAACGAGUUAACAAAUCGGGUUUCUUCCAAGAGAAUUCAACCCGACCCGGUUGGGAUUCCGUGCCCGACCCGUUUGGGAUUCGGUACCCGACCCAAGCAGUAAAUAUGGGGUUUACUGGGUAAAUAUUGAAAGGUUAGAAAAACUGUAGAAGCAUUGGUCAAGGGGGUAAAAAUGUGAAUGUAAUUCAGCCAAUUUGGUAAUAUUGUGCUGAUUAUUUAGGUGGUAAGGGCAUUUAUUCUUUGGUUGGUGAAGAAAAAAACAGAACAAUUGACCUGAUUUUGUUCAUGCAACUAUGCACAUUUAUAAUAUAUUUGUUGUACACACUGUUGAAUGUUGUAGUCAAAUAUAGCAGGGGAUGUAUUGUGUUAAGACUUUGGUGAUGUAGAAUACAAAUUAGAGGUUUCUAGCCAAUAUUUUGCUGUUGUAAA